AGUACAUCACAAUCACUCGUCACGAGGGAAGAUAGAACUUACCUGCGGAAGAAAAGACACAUUUUAGGCCCACCAAACAUGUUCCUCUUCGUAGCAAUCCUCGCUGUAAUUCUGAUUAUAAUCUUUGUCCUGGACUGUGAUUUUAUUCUCAAAUUCCACGAGCAGUUUGGGGCUAAACCGGAGGAAAAACUUCGCGGUAAAGUGGUUUGGAUCACAGGGGCGUCGAGUGGUAUUGGGGAAAACCUGGCUUAUGAGCUGGCAAAAUGCGGCUGUAAAUUGGUGCUGUCUGCAAGAAGAAAGGAAGAACUAGAAAGGGUAAAGGCAAAAUGCAUUGUUCUGGCAGGGGAGAAGUCACCUGCUAUUGAUGUUUUAGUUCUUGCAAUGGAUGUCACAGAUUAUAAUUCACAUAAGGACCAUGCUCAAGCUGUUAUGGAUCACUUUCAGAGGAUUGAUAUUCUGGUCAACAAUAGUGGCCGAUCCCAGCGUGGUCUUGUACUGGACACUCCUGGUGUGGAGGUUGACAAAGCAAUGAUGACUAUAAAUGUCCUUGGACAAAUUUCAUUGACCAAGGUAGUAUUACCUCACAUGAUCAAGCAGAAAACAGGACAGAUCAUUGUUACAAGCAGUGUGGCUGGCAAAGUUGGUUCUCCAGGACAAGCUACAUACAGUGCAACUAAAUAUGCUAUUCAGGGUUACUACAACACAUUACGCAUGGAGGUGAAUGAACAUGGCAUUGGUGUGACACUGGUAUGCCCUGGUCCUGUUCAAACAGAUGUUGUGGCAAAUGCCUUCACUGAAGAUGUAAACAAGCAAUUUAAAGAGAAAGCAACAGUUCAACGGGACAGUAAGAGAAUGCAACCAGCAAGAUGUGCUCACCUUAUGACUGUGGCGAUGGCUAACAAGCUUGAUGAAGUCUGGAUUUCUCCAAACCCUGUCCUGCUAUUUAUCUACAUCAGUCAGUACUGUCCUGUACUAUAUGAUUGGUUUGCCAAACGUGUAGGUAUGAAACAGGUUCGAAGGAUGCGGGAAGAAACAGAAUCAAGGAAAAAAGACUGACGGACAAAAAGCCAGCAACAAGUGAAAUUCUAAUGUAAUUAAUGAUUGUAAUUGUGCUGUGAUCUUCAAGAUUAUUAAGAUAUAAAUAAAACAAGACUGUUAGUUUUU